AUGAAAGAGAAAUGCAAUCUACUUAAGAGCAGAAAACAGCUUAUAAUAAAAAACACAUUGAAAAAGAAUGGUAUUAUAGUAUUACUACUAUUGGCAAUGAUGCACCGCGUGUGUGCUGUGAUAGGAAUAGAAGACGCAAUAAAGGUGCAGAAUAUGGAAGUGGGGGAUAAACACAGCUUGGUAGGAAUACAUCCAAAUGGAGGGCUUUCCCCUGUGAACAUGUACAUAGCCUGGAAGUGUGGCUAUCUACAAAAUCUAUGGAUGUACACCUUAUAUGCAGAAGAGACAAAGCAACAUGACAGGGAUGAAGAUGAAGAAAAUGGUUUUAGCCUAUUCUCACACAAAAAGCAUUCAUGUGUGCGGCUGGGCGGGGAAAAUCUUGCAUAUCUGCAGUACUUCACAAGGCAGCUGAUGAAUAUGUUUUGUUCUAAAAAUAGCCACAUAUUAAUAAAGCCUUCUACCCCCGACUCAUUCAUUCGGGUUCUGCAAAUGUACAAGGACAGUCAGAUCGAUCUCCGUAUUCUGGCGGCUCUUUUUCUUCUCUCUGAUGGUGUGAACCUUCCAAUUAAUGUAGAGAACGAUCCAAAGAUGGGGAAAAGUCUGGUGUUAAAGAAAAAAAAAGAUAACGGCUUCCAUAUCAACCUAUAUAUGUCUUUGAAGGAUGGAAAUGAAAGCCAGAAAAUUUUUGUCUAUCAGAAGGUGACAGAAGAGAUUGUGUGUUUCUUCAAGGCCACUGCGCCAGGCUCUUCUUUAAAGGUGCCAAAGAAAUUUCUACUUCCCACAGCGCAUGAGGACUUCUUGACUGGCAACUUUUUAUUUAAUCCGAGGUUUCUCAUCCAGUCAUACUUCUUUGAGUAUAUAGACAGUGUAGAGAUGUAUGAAGAGUUUGUGCGCAUUGUGCAUGAAAUACUCAAUGAUUACUUGCCCGAUCAGAACAAUACUAAAAUCGCAACAGAUGUAGAGUCACAGGCGUCUCGGGUGUUUUAUUCUUUGUUCAUUGAGAAGAGCCAUAUACUGUUAAAUGCAGCAACGGAGUAUAUUGAUAAGAUACACAGCAUUCGCCCGAUAUGGAGUGACAGAUCAACCUUCGCUCCUUUCCUAGUGAAAGAUGUGCAGGCGCCGUGUUCGUUCAUUCCCUCAUAUCUCCGAAGCAGUGGGUAUGUAGACAUGACUGAGGACAGCUAUAUCGAGCACACCCUUCUUGAUCUACUCUUCUGUUUUACUUUUAACCACUAUAUAAACGGGCACAAUCCAUCCCAUCUGCCCAGCCCAUUAAGCGAGCUAAAGGCGUUUCUUACUGAGUACUGGCAUCCAGUGUACACCACCACCGGCGCACUACAUAAUGACUGGUGCAUGGUUGUACGCGCUGCAAAUAAUUCUGCAAGCGCAAAUAUUUCCUAUACAGAGGACAAAAAACAAAUUGAGUUUGGCCUGCUAAACAUGCUCUAUGCCAUAGAAGGCCUAGCAGGCACUAAUAAAGAACUGAGUGAUGCAAUUACCUGGUUAAGUAGCAUAAUUAAGAAGGGACAGGUAGAAGAGCCAGAUCAGGCAGUAAUACAGAAUGUUUUACAAAAUGCAUUUAAGUCCCUCUCAGAGAACAAGAACAUUAAAGUGGAGUGCAGCCAUCUUAAGAUAGAAAAGACUGAGAGUGGCAGAGCAGACAUAUUCACUGAGUGCAGCACCCCUAUUGUAAUCACAUAUAGUGAGUAUCCCUUCCAUAGCUAUAGGGAGCUUGAGAUCGAAAUGCCCUUUAUUACUUCUGCUUCAAGUGCCAACAGAGACAAAAACUUCCAUGUUAUGCAGAAUAAGCAAGAGCUAGAGAAAAUUCAGAAGGCCUAUUCAGCGCCAGAAAACUACAACGAGUACAUUAUUAGUCAGUACAUAGAAAAUGAGAUGGACAGGCUUGCGCGCAUAUUGGGCACAGAGUGUGUGCACAUCCGCAGAAUACACUCGAUUUUAUUAAACGGUAGUUACGAAGCUAUGAAAGGUCUUCUGGUGUAUGGCAGUCUGCGGGACAUUCAAUAUACGUCUAAAAUCAUUGAAGUAUUUUUAAUCCACACGAGCGGAAAAACAUUUGCUAUCACAGACCACAUGGUGCAGUUCACUUCCAGGCUUAUAUCUAGUGUUAAGUUAGAUGACAAAAGAGUAAGGCAGGCAAUCAUGAACGGAUGCAUUUACAACGAGAACUAUCUGUACUACUACAACAACCUAGAAUAUGAUGCAGAGGAUUUACUAGAGGCGUACAAAAGUGCUGCGGGUAUAAGAGCGCUGAUCCGUCCUCUGUUUUUAUUUGACUCAUCUGUUUCAUCUAUUGCACACUCGUGUGCAUCCCUCUGUUCUCUAAUGCACUGCUCAGUUGAGCGGUAUGCGUUUUUCGGGGGUGCCCAUCUAUGCGAGAAUAUGAUUAAGCGAGUGUCCAAGAUAGCAACAGAGGAAGAUAUGGUAAACGAAAUAACAUCUUUUCUGUGCACAGUAAAAAGGUGUGCACCGGUGUCUGAUGAUUACUGCGCAGCCAACAUAUUUCUGGGCUGGAUUAUGCACAUUGUGCUGCGGUGCGAACAGACUCCUCUAGUGAUUGCCAAGGCUAUUUAUGAUUGCAUAGAUGCAAGCAGUCUGACAGAACGUGUCAAAAUAUUAAUAUCGCCCACGUGCUUUGAGUCCGCUGCAAAGAGCACAUGCUCUCUUCUGGAGGAUAACAAAGAAGAGCUGCUGACCGGAAGUGACGAUAUAUCCACCAGAAAAAACAAGUAUUUCUGCAUUCUAAAGUUUGUUCAAAGUCUGUGCUGA